AUGGCAAACUGGAAAAAUCUGAGCAAAUUAGAAAAUCUUAUCUUGGAUGGUACCAAUUUUGUUGACAAAAAUAUCCUUAACAACAUUGGAGGGUUGUUGUCUCUCAAAGUUAUUUCGUUUUCUGAAUGUGGACUCAGUGGAGACUUACCUAAUCAAGGUUGGUGUGAGCUUAAAAACCUUCAAGAGUUAAGGCUCAGUAAAAAUGAGUUGAACGGAAUGCUUCCCUCUUGUUUAGGAAACUUGACUUCUCUUCGAUUGAUUGACCUAUCCACUAAUCAAUUUUAUGGCAAUAUAGCCAUAUCCCCCUUUUAUAAACUAACCUCACUUGAAUCUUUAACUAUUUCAAAUAACCACUUCCAAGUCCCAUUUUCUUUUGAUUCCUUGAGCAAUCAUUCUAAUCUCAAAUUCAUUCUUGCUGCCAACAAUGAAGUGAUUUCGGAAACCAGUAUAAAAAACCUUGUCCCAUCCUACAAACUAGAAUUUUUUAGUCUAUCUAACUGUGUAGGACAAUAUCCUAGAUUACCAAGCUUUCUGCUUCAUCAAAAUCAGUUAAGAAUCCUUGAUCUGUCAUAUAAUAAUGUUGGUGGUGAUUUUCCUGUUUGGUUGUUGGAGAACAACACAAAACUAGAAGGGUUUUACAUGCGUGGCAAUGCUUUUAAUGGAGAACUCAAAUUUUCUCAGAAACCUAAUAUCCACAUUGGGACAGUAGAUAUCUCUAUGAACAACAUAAGUGGACAAAUCCCAAAAGAUAUAAAUAUUGUCUUUCCAAACAUUGUUGUACUAAACAUGUCUUGGAACAAUCUUGUUGGCAGCUUACCAUCUAGUUUUUGUGGCCUUAAUUCCUUGGCAUAUUUGGAUUUGUCUAACAACAACUUGACGGGGGAAUUACCACAGGAAUUAUCUACUUCUUGUGUGUCUUUACAGUAUUUGAAACUGUCAAAUAACAAGUUCCAAGGGAAAAUAAUAUUUCCAAGAGCUUUAAAUACAUAUCAAUUGUCAGUCUUACAACUCGACAACAACAACUUUGUGGGCACGAUACCUGAUAAUCUCUCUACCAUUUUUGUUACUCUACGAGCACUAGACCUCAGUAACAACCAUUUGUAUGGGGAACUUCCAAAGUGUUUAGGCAAUAUGAUGAACCUCAAUGUUCUUUCCCUGUCUAAUAAUCUACUUGAAGGCCCAAUUCCUGUAGAGCUUUGCAAGUUAGAUAGCAUUGAGCUAUUGGAUAUGUCAUACAAUAGGUUAUCAGGCUCGAUUCCAUCUUGCUUCAACCCUACAAGAUUGAAACAUCUUCAUCUAAGCAACAAUUUGUUUGGAGGUCAACUCACUCGUGCAUUUUUUAAUAUGCCUUCCCUAGCGACACUAGACCUCAGAAACAACAAAUUUAGAGGGAGAAUUCCAAAAUGGAUUAGCAACCUUAGGGUACUAAACAUUCUCCUCCUUCAAGGGAAUUCUUUUGAAGGGAUCAUCCCAAUUCAAUUAUGCCAAUUGAUUGAACUGAGUAUGCUAGAUCUCUCUUACAAUAAUCUUAGCGGUUCAAUUCCUCGUUGUUUGGAUAAGAUGACGUUAGCCAUGGAUUUUUCCGAUUUUCAUAAAUAUUCUACUAUUGAAGUAGCAAGCAGUCCUAUGACUUGGGCAACAUUGUCGUACUUGAAAACAAGCAAAUUGGCAACGACAUUUCACCUUCCUUUGGCUGUGAUUGAUGAUGAUUAUUAUCCCUUAACCGAUGGUGAUGUCACAGCAGAGUUUACUUCCAAGCUGCUAUCACAUUCUUAUAAGGGAAUCGUGUUGAAAUACAUGUCAGCAGUUGAUUUAUCUUGCAAUCAACUAAGCGGCAACAUUCCUCUAAAUCUUGGGAACUUAAGUGAAAUCCGCGCUUUGAACCUUUCACACAACAAUCUCACUGGAGCCAUCCCGACAACCUUAUCUGGUCUUGUGAAGGUCGAGAGCUUGGAUCUAUCCUACAACAUGUUAAAUGGGAGAAUCCCGGCUCAACUAGCUGAACUCAAUUUUUUGGAAGUCUUCAGUGUAGCACACAACAAUUUAAGUGGUCCCAUUCCAGAUCGCAAGGCGCAAUUUGCAACCUUUGAUCAAAGCAGUUAUGAAGGAAAUGUUCUCCUUUGUGGCCCUCCACUUAGCAACCUUUGCACCCAGAAUAAUGAACCGCCCCCACAAGUGUUGUUACCCGACAAUGGCAAAGAAGAAAGCAAUUUCAUGGACUUGGAAUCAUUCUACAUCAGCUUUGUUGUAUCUUACAUAGUUAUGUUUCUAACUGUGAUUGUUGUAUUGUGCAUAAAUCCAUAUUGGAGGAGAACCUGGUUUGGUAUCAUUGGGUUUUAUGCAAUAUCCUGUUAUCACUUAGCAUUGGAUAGUUUUUCUUAA